AUGCUAACCUCAUUGAAGGUCCUCAUUGUCGAGGAUUGCCCUGAACUAACUGAAUUAACAAUUUUAUCUAAUACUAGUCGCUACCCCUCAGAAAGAGAUUUGAAUGUGACCUGGUUUCCUAGGCUAAACACGAUUGAAAUUGCGGGUUGCCCAAAACUGUUGUCGCUGCCUCCUAUUCCUUAUAGUCACACUUUGUGCUUUGUUACACUAUCGGGACUUGUAGGAAGAGGUCUGGUGGAGCUAGAUUACUCACACGAAUCAAGCCGUUUGAGCAUAGAAGGAAGUGAUGCUCUGCAUAGCCUAGAUGAGACAGUCUUGGCAUUCCAUAAUUUAACCCAACUACAAAGCUUGACUAUUAAAAAUUGCCCACCUCUGGCGGAGAAACACCUUCAAAUGCUAACCUCGUUGAAGACCCUCGACAUAGAUGGUUCAAGCAUUACGUUCCAGGGAGUUGGGGAGGCCAUUCUUUGGCAGCUUCCAGUUAACAGGUUAGAGAUAAAUGGUAGUUGGAGUGGUAGCUGGAAGGAAGUGACACAUCUACUGACUCAUCUCCCCGAGCUCUCUCACUUGUCUAUAUGUGGAAGGGGAUGUGAGAAGAUAUUGACAGGGUUGGGCCUGGACGUGCAGCAACAAACAGCAGCAUCUUCAGCUCCUAAAUUGCAGCAGCAGGAUACAUAUAGAACAGCAGAUCCACAAGAAGAAGGAGAAGAUGACGACGAUGGGCUGCUGCUCUUACCGGCCCAUCUGUCCUACUCUCUCCAGGAGUUGGGCAUCAAAGAUUGUCCAGAGCUUGUCCUUAGGAGCCACGGGACAGGUCUGCAAUUCAUGGGCUCCCUCAACACAAUGAAAAUAGCAGGUUGCCCCAACUUCCUGUGUGCCUACAAGGCCUUGUCGGAUCUCUGCCCUUCCCCGUCCACCCUGCAAUCCCUCAGCCUUGGAGGUGGUAUGGAGGGCAUGGAGACGCUGGCUCCCCUCUCCAACCUCACCUCUCUCGAGACAUUAAGCAUUCGGGAUGAUUUUAGGUGCGACGGCUUGCUGCCUCUCCUUACCCAAGGUCAGCUCACCGCAUUAAGUGUCAGCGACAGCCCCAAAUUCUUUGCUGGCAUUCAGGCGGUCUCCAAACUGCAGGAACUCGUGACGGACGCCAUCGCAGCAGUCUUAACCGCGCCCAUCUGCCGCCUCCUCUCUUCCUCCCUCACCAAAUUAUCCUUUCAUGAUAAAGAGGUGGAUCGCUUGAGCAAGGAGCAAGAGGAGGCUCUUUCUCUCCUCACCUCCCUCCAGGAGCUCAAAUUUGGGUGGUGCAUCAAGCUGCGGUGCCUCCCAGCCAUGAAGUCGCUGCACAAGCUCACCAACCUCAAGAGAUUGGAGAUCUGGGCCUGUCCAGCCAUGAGGUCGCUGCCAAAGAAUGGCCUCCCCACCUCGCUGCAAGAAUUAGAGGUCUACAGUUGCACCAACCUCCGGUGCCUCCCAGCAGGGCUGCAAAAGCUCACCAACCUCAGGAUACUGAAGAUCUGGUACUGUCCAGCCAUGAGGUCGCUGCCAAAGAAUGGCCUCCCCAGCUCCCUGCAAGAGUUAGAGGUCUUCAGAUGCACCAACCUCCGGUGUCUCCCAGCAGGGCUGCACAAGCUCACCAACCUCAGGAUACUGAAGAUCUGGUACUGUCUAGCCAUGAGGUCGCUGCCAAAGAAUGGCCUCCCCACCUCGCUGCAAGAGUUAGAUGUCCGCGAUUGCAAAAAUGAGGAGCUAACACAGCAAUGA